UAUACCUGUAUUGUACACAGGAAUACGAGGUCUCGCUUUAAAAAAAUAUGAUAACGUUCGAAUUAAAAUUCUUUUUAUAAUUGCAAUCUUGAGAGUACGUGAACUUAGGUACUUGACAAAAUGUGUCUUAACAACUUUUUGUGUCCGUUUCUAACAUGCGCAUAACCUGUCGGGUCUAAUCUAAAGUUCUCUAUCCUGUUUGUCGACUCAUAUAUCCGGAUGCGGCAAUUAACUUUCAAGACAAAUACGUACGGCUUACGUCGGAAAUUAUGUUACGUGCGCGCGCGAGCGCAUCGUGACGAUGAACGACGUGAGGUUUGCAAAUUAUCGACAAUGCAUGCCACAGUGGUGAGAGGCUUGUAAUUAAUCCAACUCCUCAAAUUUGAAUAAAAUAAUCAUGAGAACUGACGUAUUCCACGAUAACAAUAACGUCAUUUUAAUCCUGUGAAGAAUCUGUUCAAUCGUACCGGGUCAAUAGUAGCGAAAUGAUUUGCACCAAAUCGAUAUCUUACUCAGUCGAGCGUUAAAUGUUAAAGAGCACAUACAUUUCAUCGAGCAGCUCUUUCUCAUUUUUUUCACGGAGUUUCUUAAUCUUGUAGCAAUCUCGAUGGCUAGUACACAACGAUAUACACAAUGACUCCAUUCAAUUUUUAUUUCCCUUCUGUGGACUGCUUGAUUGAUAGCAUGCGCUCGCGAUAUCAGUAUAUUAUGAAUGCCGAAGCACAUACGUAUAUAAGAUCUCGGUAUAUUGUGCUACCUUAGAGGUAUUAUCUCGGUUCGGAAUUGCAAUCGGUGGUUGGCCAGCAUUCCACCUACGCCUGCGCCAAACGCGAAUUCGAAUAAAGCAAAACUCGUGGGGUAGCUUGACCCUUGGUCAUCCAUCGGAACAGUCCAGCCGGUACCGUACAUCGCGAUACUAUGCUCUUUACGCAACAACUCACGUCGUUACCAUGCCUUGCCAAAUAUAAAAAGUCUCGGGCACCGAGCAAAACUAUGGAGCGCUACGAACGUCUGGCGCGUCUCGGCGAGGGUAGCUACGGUGUUGUCUUCCAGUGUAGGGAUCGGCAAACUGGAAAAUUGGUGGCUGUUAAGAAGUUUCAGCAGACCGAGGAUGACCCUUUGAUACGCAAAAUCGCACUACGAGAGAUACGUCUUUUAAAGAAUCUCAAGCAUCCAAACUUGGUCAAUCUUCUGGAAGUCUUCAGACGAAAGAGGAAAUUGCAUUUAGUAUUCGAAUAUUGCGAAAACACCCUUCUGAACGAAAUGGAGAAGUAUCCUAGCGGUUGCCCGGAUCUCACUACGAGGCAGAUUACCUGGCAAAUUUUGCAAGGUGUCGCCUAUUGCCAUCGUCUUGGAUGCGUUCACAGAGAUGUGAAGCCAGAGAACAUCCUCAUCACCUCCGAGGGCGUGGUAAAAUUAUGCGAUUUUGGAUUCGCGCGUAUGCUUAGUCCUGGGGAGAACUAUACGGAAUACGUCGCAACCAGAUGGUACAGAGCACCUGAAUUGCUGGUCGGGGACACACAAUACGGCACACCCGUGGAUGUAUGGGCGAUCGGUUGCGUGUUUGCCGAAUUAAUACGGGGCGAAGCCUUGUGGCCAGGAAAGUCGGAUGUGGAUCAGUUGUACUUAAUAAGAAGAACGCUAGGUGAUCUUUUACCGAGACACAUGGCUAUCUUUCAACAGAACGAAUUCUUUGCCGGUAUCACUCUUCCCACUCCGCAAACACUUACGCCCCUUGAAGAUACUCUACCCCGUGGCAAUAGCAAUACUUUACAACUGGAUUUCCUGAAGAAGUGCUUGGAUAAAGAUCCAAAUGAAAGGUGGACGUGCGAGCAGUUGUUGAGGCAUUCUUAUUUUGACAAUUUUCAUUUUAAAAUGCCGGACGUCGAGACGGAAGAGUUUGAGAAACUUAAAAAAUAUCGAGAACGUUCUAGGAAUACCAAUUACAGUCAAAUGGUGUUACCUCAACUACCCAAGGCUGGCCCUUCUGUUCAUAGCCAAAGUGAAAAUCGGCCGAAGAGCUCCUCCAUACAUCAGCAAAAUUUUGACCAUCUACCUACCAUAAGAGGCUAAUUAAUUCCCCCUGUGAUUGUACAUAUAUUUUCCUAAGCUUUUUGAGAAUAUUCGUGUUAAUUUAUAGAAUUCUAUGAAAAUAAUUAUUAUCCUCUCUUUUUAUUUGUAUUAGCACAUUUUUUCUAUAGAAUUUUCUUUAGAUUUUUAUUUAUACAUAGGAAAGUGUAAAUGCGUGCAAUUCAUAUGUAUAUCUCUUACAAUAAAAAUUUUGUAUAAAAUA